AAAUAAGAUGUGUUUGCACUUGCUCUGUCUGACCCAGGCUGCCGGCCCUGAGAUGAGAAAUGUUCCCUCAGAAGCGAUGGUGUCAUUUGAAGAUGUGGCUGUGAACUUCACAUGGCAGGAGUGGCGGUACCUGAGUGAAGCUCAGAGGACCCUGUACUGGGAUGUGAUGCUGGAGACCUGCAAUCACCUAGUGUCCCUAGGGCACUGUGUUACCGAUCCUGAGGAGAGCAUUAGGUCGGAGCAGGGAUUACAGCCGUGGACUGUGGACGUUCCCCCAAACCAGGACCUCUCAGGGACCUUAAUCUCGUCUGUGCAUGGACUUGCACAAGAUUGUGGACCUUUCUGGAGCAUGUUCUUGGAUGUAUGAGAAAUAAAAAGAAAACCCAGGGAAGCCACCACAGCACGUCUCUUCAAAUGGUAAGUGCC